AUGGUUGAAAAAGAGACUUACAACAUGGACGCCCAAGUUGGAGAGUCUUCGGCAUGUGCCACGGCCCUGCUAUGCGGAGUUAAAGCCAAUUACGAGACUGUUGGCCUGGACUCGUCCGCACGCUUCGAGAACUGUUAUUCCAGUUUUGAUGCCCGUGUACCGUCCCUUAUCAAUUGGGCGCAGGAGCAGGGUAAAUCGACGGGGCUGGUCACGACCACGAGGGUGACACACGCGACACCCGCGGCGCUUUACGCGCACGCAGUCAGCCGUUACUGGGAGGACGAUGGCAAGGUGCCACCUGCUGCGCGGACCUCUUGCAAGGACAUCGCACGUCAGCUGCUCGAGGACGAGCCUGGUCGUAACAUCAACGUGGUUCUCGGCGGGGGCAGGCGUCAUUUCGUCCCGAAAGUGAUCCAGGACCCGGAGGAGCCGGAUAAAGAGGGCAGACGAUUGGACGGAAGAAAUCUGAUCGAGGAAUGGUCCAGGAACCACCGGUUGCGGAAUGUGGCCGCGAAAUACGUCGCUAACAAGGAGCAGUUCGAGAACGUUGAUCCGCGGAAAGUGAGCCAUCUACUCGGACUGUUUUCCUAUUCCCAUAUGGACUUCGACGUCGACCGAAACACGAACGGGACCGGUGACCCUUCGCUGGCUGAGAUGACUAUAAAGGCGCUUCGUGUACUGGCGAAGAAUCCCGAAGGAUAUUUCCUGUUCGUCGAAGGUGGUAGAAUCGACCACGCGCAUCACUACAACAACGCGUAUCGAGCACUGGACGAAACACUAGCGUUAGAGGAAGCGGUGCGGGCUGUAAUGAAGGAAGUCGACCUAACGGAAACGCUACUCGUCGUGACGGCAGAUCACUCGCACGUGCUUACGCUUGGUGGUCUCGCAACCCACCGUGGGAAUCCUAUAUUUGGUUCCGACAGCAAGGUGUCAGAUGUUGAUGGACAGCCGUACACGACGUUGUUGUACAGCAAUGGACCUGGGUACACGCAGCCGAGGAAUAUUUUGCGCGAGGCCGGGAAGGAUUCCAUUCAGACGGCGGGAGUGCCACGAGCCUGGGCGACACACGGGGGAGAGGACGUGCCAGUGUUCGCCAUAGGUCCUCUGGCGAAUGUCUUGUUCUCCGGUAGCAUCGACCAAAGCUAUAUACCGCACGCCAUCUCGUACGCCGGUUGCCUGGGUCACCACGCGAGCCGUUGCUCUCGAGAAUCCACGUCCAGCAACGACACAAUGAGCGUCCCGAUAAGCUGUCCCUCGGCGGAGCCAAACAGCGCCGCGAUAUCCAGCGACGUGAUGAAUGACCAGGCUAGAAAUCCACCCACGAAAUCCGCCGGUUCUCCCGAGGCAACGGCCUGCCGUUUGCUAACCAGUGUUCUGCUGCCCCUUAUCCUUGCCAUCCUGCCGUGCCCGUUCGAGGGAAGGAGUUAA